ACUCAGCUGUGCUGUAGCUGCUAUUGUCAUUUCGUCAUUGACCAGAAAAAUAUUCCUGGAACCUAAAGUCAAAGUGUUUUCUCUAUUUUCUCUCAAUUUUAGCAGUGAAUUGUUAAAAUAAUGGGCAACAAGUCAUCUCUGUUGCUGCGUGAAGAGGAAAUUGCACAGAUUCAGGAGGAAACAGGCUUCACUCCAAAUCAAAUUGAACGUCUGUAUUCCCGGUUCACGUCCCUGGAUCGCAGUGAUUGCGGAACCCUUUCCAGGGAUGACUUCUUGAGAAUCCCAGAAUUGGCCAUAAAUCCUCUGUGUGAUCGUAUUGUUCAUGCGUUCUUUGUGGAGAGUAGCGAUGACCGUGUCAACUUCCGGCAAUUCAUGACGGUUCUAGCCCGUUUCCGGCCACCAAAGUCCAAUGGGAAGCGCAACAAACUGAAUAGUCGCACGGAUAAGUUGCGGUUUGCCUUCAAGAUGUACGAUCUCGAUGACGAUGACUCAAUCUCACGCGAUGAGCUCCUCAGCAUCCUCCACAUGAUGGUGGGAGACAAUAUUAGCCAGGAUCAGUUGAAUUCCAUCGCUGAGAGGACAAUUGUGGAGGCAGAUCAAAUGGGACAGGGCACCAUCUCAUUCGAGGACUUCUGCAAGGCUCUGGAACGAACGGAUGUGGAGCAGAAGAUGUCCAUUCGCUUCCUCAAUUAAUUCCCAGAGGAAGGAAUCUGCUGCAACGCAAAUGCACAAGAAUCUUAACCAAAUACGUCGCGAUGCUCUCUCGUCGACCAGCCACUUAAAGUUGCACAGCGUGGAUUAGAAUCAUUCCGCAGGUGAUAAGAUCCAGUGAGAUGUGUCUUAUAAAAGAAAUUAUUAACAUGAAUUUAAUAAAAAUAGAGCCAAGGAUUUUAGUGAAGAAGGAAAAA